AUGCCACCGCCAUCCGCACAAGCAUUGCCCGCUCUGCUAUCAAGAGUCCGCCACCUGCUGCCACCUUCCCUACCGAAGAGCGCCGCAUACAUCCUCCCAGCCUGCACCCUGACAGCCCUCGGCCACCCUAACCUCCUCGGCCCGCUCUUCCUCCACGUCACCGGCCACAAUGCCCCGUCGUCACAGCAGCCGGCCGCCGCCGCCCAGCUACCCCCCGCCGAGACCCGCACCAUCUCGCUGCACCUGCGCGACAUGCUGCUGAAGGAAUGGACGCUAAUCGGCAUCCCGCCCGUCGUCACAGCCGUGUCGUCCCUCGGCCGCGCCGAGCAGGAAGCCGGCCUCUUCCCCUCCGACGCGCCCACGACCUUCGACAAUCCCAAUUGGAACGCCCCUCCUGCUACCUCCUCCCCCCCACCACCAUCCCAAGACGCCCCCGUCCUCGGCCCCCAAACCACCCUCUCCCCCCGCUACUCCUCCAACCCCUCCGACCCCACCCUCUCCCUCGCCCCAGGCACACCAACCACCACCCGCGGCGCCGCCCACCUGCACCGCCUCUACCAGCACCACCUCCCGCCCAUCCUGCGCACCUGGGCCUCGCACGAAGCCGACUUCCGCUGGCUGGAAGAAUCCGUCAUCUACGGGCUCUUCCUGUCCGACCAUUCCGUCCUGUCCGACGUCGAGACGAGCCUGGUGACGGCCAGCGCCAUCCUCGCUGGCUCCGGCCUGAAGGCGCCGACGCUGUGGCACCUGCGCGGACUGCGCAGGCUGGGGUUGGAGAGGGGGGAGGUGGAGGCGGUGGUGAGGGUGGUGGGGGAGUGUGCGGUUUGGGCGAGUGGGAGGGUGCAGGGGGUGAGGGGGAGCGAGGGGGAGGUCGAGGAGUGGGUGGGGUGGGUGGGGGAGGUGGAGGGGGAGGUUUGA